AUGUCUUCCAAGUCUUUUACCCUCUCCGCGGCUCUGUGCCUUGCCCUCGCCGUUGGCCCCGCUUCGAUCCUGGCUGCUCCCCAGCCGAACGGUCUUCCUCUUCUCGGCGGUAUCGCUGGCAGUGCUGAUCCCGCUCCUACCACUGGCAACAGUGAGCACGAUGCGGGUCUCGGAUACGAUGUUGGCAUUCCCGGUGGUCCUGGUGUUCGCUACGGCCUCGGCACUCACAGCGAGCACCACGGUCCCUGCGGCCCCGGUGUAGACAGUGAGCACGAUGCCGGCCUCGGAUACGAUGUUGGUAUUCCCGGAGGCCCUUCUGUCCGCUUCGGCGCUGGCACCCAUGAUGCCCACCAGGCCGUGCCAUGCCCUGAGAUUGUGGAGGUGUCUGAGGUCCCUCCUCCCGCUGAGGAGACCUCGACCUAUAUUCCCUCGAUGAUUCCUCCCACCUACACCACUCCCAUCGUUAUUCCCACGGCUACUCCUCCUCCUACGUGGGCGCCUGCCACUCCGGUGCCCGCCCAGUCGACUCCUCUUAUCCCGCACCCAGCCCCGACUGCCACUCCUUCCCACCAGCCCUCGAUGCCGGUCUUCAAUGCUGGCUCUGCUCUGGCCCCGACCUCGUUCCUCGCCGUCGCUCUUCCUAUCAUCUUGGGCUUCGUUUACUAA